CGAACGUGGUAUUAGUUCAGCUGUUCCACUUUUAUCAGUUUAGUGUUACACUUUCUGCUGCCCCUCCGGAUAAAGCUUACACAAUGGCAGGUUCUGACCUUUAUAAAACUCUCAUUUUCACGAUAAAUAAUAUUUUACAACAAGAGAAGUACAAGGCUGCAUUGGCUGUCAUCAAAGGGUUCAGGAAUGGAGCCGUAUACGGAGCAAAAAUCAGAGCACCACAUGCCCUGGUGAUGACGUUUCUUUUUAGAAGUGGGAGCCUGAGAGACAAAGUGAAAGCCAUUGCCCAGGCGACGUACACUCACUCUCGGAACCUGGCCUGCUUUGUGUUCACCUACAAGGGUCUCCAGACCCUGCAGCAGCGGCUCCAGGGGAAAGCCUGCCAGUCCCAUUCCUUCCUUGCAGCCUGCCUGGGAGGGUGGCUCGUCUUUGGGGAGAACAACAACAUCAACAGCCAGAUAAACAUGUACCUUUUGUCCCGGAUCCUGUUUGGGCUGUCGCGUCUAGCUGUGGAGAAAGGCUACAUCCCCCAACCAAAGAAAGACCCCUUCCCCCUGUUCGCAGCACUGGUCUGGGGCAUCGUUCUGUGGCUCUUUGAGUACCACCCCCACACUCUGCAGCCCUCGCUCCAGUCCUCCAUGAGCUACCUCUACCACGACAGCAAUGUCUGGCACGACAUCUCUGACUUCCUCGUCUACAACAAGCACAGAGCAGGGGCGCAGAAAUAAUGGAGCCUCAGCCCCUUCCUCUCAGGAGAGCCCACAUACCGCCAUGCUACCCUUCCAGGUUGCAAUGGAGAUAAGUUAGCUUUUAACAAAUUUCCUUUAUAAACCAGCCUUUGUCCUGGAGGUACUGCUGCUAGAUCCAGUGUACUGUUUGCUUGUCCUGUAUUUUGAAGAAACAUUUAGCGUGGGACUGAAAGCUGAAGGUCACUGUUAGCAGGAUUUGAUCUAGGAAUUCUGUUGCGUAGUGGUUUUACUAUGAACUUGUAACAUGCUUUUUCAGAUUCAAGUGUGGUUCAAAGUGAAACCCUGAGUGGCUAAAACUGAUAUGCAAUGACUUAUUUUCAAACAUGCUUAGUGACAGUAGUUUUUAUUUUGUUUGAAAUAUCUUUCUGUUCAUCUUAAUGGAAACUUAAAAAAAAAAAAAAAAUCCUAACCUGAUUGAUGGUUACCAGCUCUAUUGUAGGUGCAGUUUUUAAAUUUCUAAUGCUCGUGAUUUUUUUUUAAUUGUAUUUUAAUUUAAAUGUAUUAAAGUGAACUAAUUAAUAAUAUAAUCAUAUUAACUGAAUUAGCUCACUGUUCUUAUGUUAAACAAUUGAAGUUGAGGAGCUUUUUUUUUCCCUGUCAGUGUACAAUUAUUGGACCAUUAUUAGAAGACCUGAAUAAGGAUGGAAAUAUUGUAUAGCUGUUUGAACCAUUCCAAGAUUUACUAUGAAUAUAAUUAGAUAUUGUUUUACUCUACUACUUUACUGAUGAUGAUCAACCUCUACUACUUUACAUUAUUUUUGUGUCUUUUUUUCUAUAUCCCUAGUGACCGGGCACUUGCAUGAAUAACCUUGGAUCAAACGCAUGGAUGUAUUGAAUACUGUUGAGAGCAAAACUUAAUACUGUAAUUUCACAUUCAAUAUGCAUAUUACUUGCUGUGCCAAACAAAUAGUAAUACAUUGCUUGUGUGGAUAUGAAGGAGUUGAAGUAGUGAUAGACGAUAUAUGUAUUAU